AUGUUAAUUAGUUCGAAAGGACCAAGUCAUGAGAAAAUCCGAGUGCUUAAAGACCGAACUUUAAAUAGAUUCCUUAGAAGAUCUCACGAUUUUAAGUAUUUAAGAAGACAACUUUUAUUGAUCUUAACUAAUUCUCGAGUAAUUCAAGAAGAGUUGAAGAAGCAGAAGUGUUUGAAGUGGCAAAAGUUGGAAAGUGUUGAAAUGUUCUCAUUUUUUCUUUUCGAUUGGUCUUCAUUAAAGCUUUCAACAAUGGAGCUCAACUUUAAAUUGAAAACUGUUUAA